AUGUCCCUCUCCGAAUUCAGGCGAAAGAAGCUUUUAUACGUUUUCAACGUUUUCUUUGAUGUCAAUCAGAGCGGCACGAUAGAACGUAAAGAUUUCGAGUUGGCUAUAGAGAAAAUCUGCCACCUCCGAGGCUGGAAACCAGGUGACCCCAAACACACUGAAACCCACGAGGUCAUGAUCAAGAUCUGGGAUGGACUCAGGAAGAGGGCUGACUCCAACAAAGAUGGACAGGUGUCUGUCGAAGAAUGGAACUCCAUGUGGAAUGAUUAUGCUCAGAAUCCGUCAGCUGCUCUAAAAUGGCAGCAGCUGUAUGCCCACUUUAUGUUCAAACUGGAAGAUGCCAGUGCUGAUGGGACCAUUGACAGCGACGAGUUCACCACCGUCUGCUCUUCCUACGGUAUCGACCCUCAGGAGUGCAAGGUCGCUUUCAGUAAGAUGGCUAAGGGUAAGAGCUGCGUUUCAUGGGAAGAAUUCCAGGAGCUUUGGAAGGAGUAUUUCUCCACUGAGGACCCCACUGCCCCGGGAAAUUUUAUAUUUGGCAGAACUAGCUUCUAA